AAUGGGUUUGGCAAUCUUGGUGGCAUUGUUGCCCAUUAUCCUUAGUGCAUUCGCGGAACUUCAGGGAAAUCACACUGGUAUGGCUAUCGCGAGGGCUGUUCAGGAAUCUAUUUUGCUUUUCUGUUUAUUCGGACUUUUCUCAUUGUCAAUUUCUCAUCCGCCAUUACCGCCGUUCUCUAGCAAUUAACGGAUAACUCUGCAUCUGCGCCAUCAAUUUUGGCCCAGAACCUACCAAAGGCGUCCAACCUCUUUUUCUCAGAACCUGCUACUGCAAGCAUUCACUGCUAGCGGUGGAGCAAUUCUACAAAUUGGGUCAUUACUCGUACAAUUCAUUCCUAGUCCAAUUGUUGACUACCGCUCGUCAGGAGUUUACCCCGGCGGCACGGCUUGCGCAGGCGAAAUGGGGCACUCUCUUCCCGGUACAUCUGGAUUUGGGGCACGUUGGGGUUGUUCACGCAGCCAUCUCCGCAUUGGUUCUCAUCUUCAAUGCCUGCAUGUUCAGUCUUUUCUGGAUAGUAUAUCGUUACAAUCUUCUCUACGUCAACCACUUUCUCUUCGAUAUAGGAGGUUUGCUCUUCCCCAGGGCGGUCAACCAGUGGUUUACAGGAAUAUAUGUUAUGGAGGUUUGUUUGAUUGGUCUCUUCUUCCUUGCCCGGGAUACCAAAGAUCGUGUGUUUGCUUUCCUCGAGCAAUUAUCAUGAUCGUUGUCACGAUCUUUACCGUCCUAUACUAAUAUACUUUGAACUCGGCUUUCGGUCCAUUUUUAACCCACUUGCCCAUCACUCUGGAGGAUGGCGCUGUUCUCCGUGGUGGAGCAUUGGCGGAAGAUAACGAAAGGCGAAUACUGUUGGCUAGCGGCAACAUCGUUCCGGAGGAGCAGGAAUGCGACAGUCUGAAUGAGGUUUUUGCAGAGUGGGAAAAGCGAGAGUGGCGCAUGGAUCAGCGUGCGGAUGAGAUUGAAAUGAGGAAAAUCCGCAACAUCCGCGAAAAGAAGGAAGGAAAGUCGUCAUUCUCAAGAGGCGGAAGACAGGCCAAGGGGCCAGACGCCAGAGACCCACAAAUGAAAUCGCGUCCUGCACCGCCAAAGCAACAGCCGCACACUAGACCGGAGCUAAUGUUGUUUGGAGACAUUUACCGACCAGAUUGAAGACUUGUCGCCGGCGGAACGGGACAUACUCGUUGGUAUAGCAUUCCAACACAAGGCUCUCUGGCGCAACGCCUGGUGACCUGGAUACCAAGAGAUGAUCUGGUAUUCCUGGCGAUGUGAUCCGGUCCACGCAUAGGUUUAGUGACAAUGUCUGGAUUAGCAACGAAAACUUUGGUCUGGAUCGCAAGGGUGGAGUGGUGUACAGGCAUCCAGCACCAGAUUUCGAUCAGCGGGAUUCGGUGAAGCUAGAAUCCAAGCAAGCAACUACCAGUUAUUUUGUAUUCAUUUUUUCCCAUCGUUUUGGUUUGCUCUAUUUUAUUCGAUCGGCGUUCUGUUUCGCGAUGAGUGCAGUAUUAUGCAUAUUUUUAACUUGAGUGAUGAUGGAUGAUGAAGUUGAGGUUAAGGGAAGAAGGGAAAUUUGGGACGUUUCCUUACUUAACGUCAUUCACGCAUUAGCGGCUCGGCACCGUUAUCCGGCUCGGCGCCAAGCAGACACUUCCAACCGACCCCGCUCAGUAGAAAAAUCGUUGUGGAGAUCGCUUAAGUCAACAAAACAACACUAAACUCUCCACAAUGCCGAAGAUUAAGGAAGGAAGCAAGGAAAAAGUAGAAGCCAGGAUUCAGCAAGCCAUUAAGCACUAUCAAAACAGUGAUAAACCUUCACUCCGCUUGUCGGCAGAGAAAUACGGUAUUGCCUAUUCAACACUGCGCGGUAGACUAAAGGGAAGGCAACCACGGGAGACAGGACACCAACACCGGCAGGUGUUAUCGGAAUACGAGGAAAAAUCGGUGGUACGCUGGUGUGAGAAGCUGGAUGAGUGGGGGCAUCCAGCCCGGUUGGCAGUGGUCAAGGGGAUGGCGGAAGCUAUCGUUGCCUCUCGGGUGAAGGACGGAGAAUUAGGGAAGAACUGGAUGUCGCGGUUUCUCCGGCGCCAUCCAGGGUUGGCCACGAAGCUAGGUACACGGCUGGAUCGCCAGAGAGUACUGGCCAAUGAUCCAGUAGUUCUGAAAGAUUACUUUAAAAAGGUAUGGAAGGAUGCUAUUACCGGAGAUGCUUACUAUUAACUGUACCUUUAGCUUCAGAGUCUGAUCAAAUUUUAUAACAUCUCCCAGUCCAAUAUGUACAACAUGGACGAGAAAGGAUUUAUGAUGGGGGUAGCCUUGCGUUGCAAGGUUAUCUGUAGAAAGAAUCGACGGUCAACAACUUUAACUCAAGAUGGGUCGCGGGAAUGGGUCACUGUUAUCGAAACAGUAUCCGGUGAUGGCCAAGUUCUCCGCCCCAUGAUUAUCAACAAAGGUAAAGCCCACUAUAUGGGCUGGUAUGCUAAGUUAAAAAAACAGGACUUAGCGACCUUUGGGGUUUCUGAAAAGGGCUGGAGUAAUGAACCCCUUGGGUUGCGCUGGUUGAAGGAAGUAUUUGAUGUAGAAACUCGGGAAAGGUAAGUUCUCCUAGUCAAUUUGAUACAUUUUUUGCUAAAUAGCCCCCUACUCUACAGUGCGCGCAGCAAGUAUCGUUUGCUUAUCUUGGAUGGGCAUACUUCUCAUUACAAUUGGGAAUUCUUUGAUUAUUGCCUCAAUGCAAAAAUUCUCCCUUUAUGUCUCCCCGCCCACUCGACUCACCUCCUCCAACCGCUAGAUGUUGGCUUAUUCAGCCCCCUUUAGCGUUACUACAGUAAUGGCCUUGAUGCCUUUAUUCGAAAAGAUCAUGGGGGUAUGAAUAAAGGCGAAUUUUUACUGUUAGUAGUUGUUUGCAGACCGCAUACUACUCCCUCGGGCCCUUACUUUUUUUUUUUCUAACCUGUGCUAAUUAGAAUGCAGAAUUCUUAUGCCUGCCCGCAGGUUGGCCUUUACCGAGUUGAAUAUCCGAAGCGCUUGGGAAGCCGUCGGGAUUAUCCACUUUAAUCCAAGGCGGGCAAUUGGGGGGGUGAAGCGAAAGGAAGCGAAUGUUACACAAGUAAAAGACUUGGCUGGUGAUGUCGGGCAAAAGAUACCAAAAACCCCACGUGCUGUCAGCCGGAUUCCUAGAACAGCAGCUUCCUUAGUCACUAGAAAUACUCCCGCCUCCCAAAAGCUAAAAGAGCUUCUCUCCAAUCUCUCCACCGGCUUGCAGCAAACAAUUGCUGACAAGGCAGUUGAGGAGGAGGCCUACCGACAAUACCGCCAGCUAAUGGCAAAAGAAAAGAAAAAAAACACCUCCGAUCGGCGCAAGUUAACUGAGGCUACCGUAGUAACCUCAGAGACCAUAUUGAUGCUGCGAAAGGAGCGUGAGAGAGGGGAUGCUGCCAAGAGUACCCGGCUUGCUAACCAGCAGGCACGCUUGCUCAAAACCCUUCCGGCAACUAAAAGUGCCUCUGCACAACGCACUCCCACUCUGGGGAACGAAGAAGUGCUUGUCCCUUGUAGUGUUGAUGGUAUUGCCCCAGAUGAGAUGGAGGAUCUCUGGGAAGAAAUGGAGGCUUUGGAGGUUACUGGGGCGAGUAGUGGUGAUGAAGCUGGAGGGGGGGUAGGUGAUACAAUCUGGGUGGAGAGGAGGCAUUAAUUUUCACUUGAUUAGAGGAGUUCGGUUCAUUAGAGCAUUUAUUGGUCUUUCUUUUUUAUUAGAAUAUCAUGGGUUGUUGUGGGAAGGUUCAUAAUAGUUGAAUUUAAUUGUUUUUGGUUCGGGAGAGGUGCUAGGACCCCCGCCUAAUGUGGCCCCCAAUUGCGCCAUCCACGCUGAGCCGGAUAUGGGUUAAGAGCCGGUAAGCCGUGAAUGACGUUAGUACUAUAUUGAUAUCAUAACAACUUACUCGUGCGUCUCAGCCAAGAUUUGCCUCAGGCUUCCCCAUUUGUAGUAGUGUGCAGGGAGGUCGUUCUUUUCUACCAAAGAAGUAUAGUAUAUUGUUAUUAUGCAACUAGUGGCAGAGACAACUCAGAUUGCGUAAAUGUAUUGCAAGAAAGUUCAACAUCACCGAACAGCUAGAGGUAUACGCCGGAUUCCUAAAUGGCCAGCAAACUCUCCAGACUUGAAUAAGAUCGAGUCUUGCUGGAAUUACCUUAAGGAUGCAAUGAUGGAGUACGACUUCACUGGAACAAGUGAGCAGACAAGGGAGGAGGUGAUAAAUACUCUUAGGUUUGAGUGGAACCGUAUGCCUCAGGAGUUGGUUGAUUGUUUCUGUAUGAAUUUUCACCUCAAUCUGUUACAGGUUCGUGCUUGGGGAGUAGAUAAUAAAUUUAAUGCCUAACAGUGUAGAAUAGUUUGCUGUACCUGAGAAUAUUAUACAAGCUAAUACAUAUUUGUGUUUGGUAAUUGGUGUACCAGUAUAUGCAAAUAUCGUACCCCAUUGAGUUCCAAGUUCAUCAUGUAAAUCACCACCUACUGUUAUAUAUGCUUUCAAUUCCCUGAACAGUUAGUGUCUGUUCUAGUCUCACACUUCUUAUGAACUAUGCUUAUUCUGGAAGAAAGAUUCGGCUGCACUCACUAUGACAAAUGGGGAAGGCAAAUCUUGGCUGAGACGCACGAGUAUAGGGUUGGCUUUUGUUGUAUUGAAGGGAUUGCGCCUGCGCUCGUAACACCAUUGCCGUGCCCACUACGAAACUGGGCUGAUGACGAACGGC